UUUUCAUAUUUUUUCUUAAAAUGUCUUCUCGUUAUGAUGCAACUGAAGAACUUUCUGGAGCUGAGUAUUUGGCCAGCAUUUAUGGAACAGAAAAAGAUAAAGUCAACUGUUCCUUCUUUUUCAAGAUUGGCGCUUGUCGACACGGCGAUAAAUGUUUACGUGCCCAUCACAGACCAACAUUCUCCAACACUGUUUUACUCAAAAAUUUUUAUCAUAGUCCAGCACUUGCACAACCUGAUGCUUAUGAUAAUUUGAAACUCGGCAAGACCGAUAAUUUGGAUCAACAACAUUUUGAUGAAUUUUAUGAAGAAGUUUUUACAGAAAUGGAGAGGAAAUAUGGGCCUGUUGAAGAAUUAAAUAUUUGUGAAAAUAUUGGAGAGCAUAUGGUUGGCAAUGUUUAUGUAAAAUUUGUUUAUGAGAAAGAUGCAGAAAAAGCAGUUCAAGGAUUGGAAAAUAGAUGGUUUAACGGCCACCCAAUUUAUGCUGAACUUUCACCAGUAUCAGAUUUUCGUGAGGCACGUUGUCGUCAACACGAAAUCAGUACUUGCGUAAAGGGAGGAUUUUGUAAUUUUAUGCAUUUGAAGGAUGUGUCUGAUGAUGUUUAUGAACGCUGUUAUGGAGGCAAAGGUGCUAGAUAUAGGAGUGGACGGCGACAUGAUCGUUUUUAUGCUGAUGAUGGAUAUGAUGACCGACGUGAUAGAGACCGUAGCGAUAGAGAUCGAGGUGACAGAGACCGUGGAGAUAGAGAUCGUCGUCGACGGAGGCGGGAUGAUGACGAUGAUUUUCAUGAUUAUCGUCGUUAA